GAACUCGUCCUUAACUUGCGGUGACUCUCAGUGCCUGAUUCUUGGGAUUUGGCAGAAGUUGCUGAAGCCUGCAUGCUGCUUCAUGCAGACACACAUUCUGGGUCAUGAAACUUAAUCCACAGCAAGCUCCAUUGUAUGGUGACUGCAUAAUCACCGUAUUGCUUACCGAAGAUGACCAAGUUGAAAGUGACGAUGUAAUUUUUUAUCUCGUUUUUACUGGAUCCGCCAUUCAGCACUGCACCAGCACUAGGAAAGUUGAUUCAGGGACAUUGGAAACCAUUGCUCCAGGCCAUGACUGUUGUGAGACAGUGAAGGUCUCUCUCUGUGCCACCAAGCAAGGCCACCCUAUUCUGGUGGUGGCAGAGGACAGCUUACAGUUUGUCCAGGAUGAAACUUACGAUGCAGCACAGUUCCUGGCGUCAUGUGCUGGAAACCAGCAAGCAUUAAACUUUACACGCUUCUUGGACCGCUCCAGGCCGCCUGCUGGGGACUUGGAUUUUUUGGAUGAGAAAGUAACGUUGGCGUUUCGUCACCUGAAACUGCCGACUGAGUGGAAUGUGUUGGGAGCAGACCAUAGUCUCAAUGAGAAUGUUCCUCGGGAGACGUUGUUGCAUUUUGCAGCCAGACUCGGUUUGCUGCGGCUGACGUGGUUUCUGUUGAAGCAACCAGGUGGCAGAAGUGCCGUGAGUGUCCCCAACAGCGAAGGAGCCACGCCAGUGAGCUUGGCCUUGGAGAGGGGCUACCAGAAGCUGCAUCAGAUCCUAACCAAGUAA